CCUGGAUGUAUGCACAACUGAUUGAGUCCUGACUCAACACAACAUCCCACUCGCUCGAUGGCCAACAACCCAGGGCUACUAGUCGACCAACUCUCGAAAGAUCCGGUGGAUUCAGUCCCAUUCUUGACUCGCAACCAAAUCAAGACCAGCAUCGCAUUGGGCCAGGUCUUAGUGCUUCAUCGAUCGUACGUUUACAAGCUCAAUGCAUGGCUCAACAAGCAUCCCGGGGGUGAACUGGCCAUCUUACACUUCGUCGGACGAGAUGCAACGGAUGAAAUCGAGGCGUACCAUCCAGAGAAGGUCAUCAAACAAAUGAGACCAUUUAUCGUCGGCAAAGUCGUACCCGAAGAAUGGGAGGACAAAAAGGCGGGAGUGGGUUGGAAACCUCUAAAUCCACCCAUCCAAAUCGGGUUGUGGCCGAUGCCUUGCACCGAUGAGAUCCAUCCUGAACCUCUCAGGAAAAAACCGGAGCCAAUCCUUCGAAAAUCCGAUCACUUGGCAAUUCUCGAUCACACCCUUGAUCAUAAUUCACGCUCAAUUCCCGAUUCUUCGAAGAACUUUCGUACCAUCGAUCACGUCACUUCAUCAACAAGGCUAGACGAAGUCCUCAGCGCCUUAGAACCAGCACCCGAUCCUCCCCAGGAAGCAUUCCAAGAAGGUUACGAUCUAUCACCAGCCAGACAAAAACACUUAUCAAAUUCUUAUCGUGUUCUUCACGACAAAAUACGCGCCGCUGGACUAUACCGUGCUCCUCAGCCGUUCUAUGGUUAUGGACCUGACCUGCUCAGAUAUUCUGUUCUGUUUCUAGCAUUCUUCUUGACUCAUCCCGCGUUCCCCCUCUUGAAACGAUAUCUAGCAAGUUUUCUCCUCGACCCGACCGAUGUUCCAUUCGUCGAGACUCCUUCAACACUUCGAUGCUUCGUCUCUGCCGUUUUUCUUGGCCUUUGGUGGCACCAAAUUACCUUCGUUGCUCAUGAUGCCGGACAUUCGGGUAUUACCGGAGAUUGGUUGAAAGACCGUUUGAUCGGAAUCCUGAUUGGCAAUUUUCUAGGUGGGAUCAGUAUUGGCUGGUGGUGCGACAAUCACGAUGUCCAUCAUCUUGUGACCAAUCAUCCUGAGCACGACCCAGAUAUCCAACACUUGCCAUUCUUUGCAAUUUCCACGAAAUUCUUCAAAUCACUUCGUUCUACCUACUAUAAACAUACCAUGCGCUUCAAUCGAUUUGCAAAGUUUUCUGUCAAACACCAGCAUCAAUUUUAUUAUUUCAUUAUGUUAUUUGCAAGAUUCAAUUUACUGUUUAACUCUUGCCUAUAUCUGGCAACGCGCAAGAAACAAAAGAUGCGGAAUUUGGAAAUCGCGGGUAUCAUAUUUUUCUGGGUUUAUUUUGGAUUCAUUCUGUCUUUACUGCCCGGCAUUCCAACCCGGAUCAUGUUUUUACUUGUCAGCUUUGCCGUCACUAGCCCGCUUCAUGUUCAAAUCGUAUUAUCGCAUUUUGCCCAAUCAACCGCGGAUCUUGGACUUAAUGAAUGUUUUGCGCAUCGUCAGAUAAGGACCACGAUGGACGUCAGCUGUCCACCUUGGUUAGAUUUUCUGCAUGGUGGCUUGCACAUGCAGGUGACGCAUCACCUCUUCCCUCGUUUACCGCGUCAUCGACUUCGACUGGCCUCUGAACGGUUUGUUCAACCCUGGUGCCGGCAAGAGGGUUUGACAUACAGCUCGAUGGGCUUCGUUCAAGGGAACUCAAAGGUGCUUGGAACACUUCAAGAAGUCGGCAAACAACUGAAGAUCCUUGGCACCGUUGCCUCCGCACAAGCUCACGGCUUGAAACACUGACAUCUAUCCCGUCUCUAAAACCCUUGGCUCUGAAUCUGAAAGAGUAAUUCUAGACAACUCUACACUCUUGGAGGAAUACGCGAAAGAGCGCAAGUCACUUUCACCCCUUAUUCACUUCCUUUCUUCUUGAAUUUGUAUCUCUUGGUGCUGUUUCAUCUGGCAAGCAUCUUUUUAUUCUUCUUGCCUUUUUUUUCUACAUAGAAAAAAGGAACGUUCUAAUACUUUCAAGCACUCAAGUCCUCUAUUAACUUCCUUCAUGAGAUAAUCUGCUAAACACACUCCGUGCACAUAAAUAAUUACAUCUGGGUGGG